CUCCGCUUCUUCAGGCUGCUGGGCGGAGACAUUCCAGCCCUGCUCAGCGUUGAAGCUCCCCCAGGACGCCUCCAUGCUGCUCUCCAGCUCACUACCAGGUCCAUCUGCGAGGCUCUACCCCAGCUCUGCUCUCGAGUCGCCGGUCGCGCCAGAGGCGGAGCUAUGAGCCCGGCCCUUCCGGCGCUCCGUACCUCACCAGGUCCGGGAAGGAAAGGACGCUCGCCCUCUCUGCGGCGAGCAGUGAUGAUGUCAUCGACGCCCGCCAGUCCAGCCACUACCCACCUCGGAGCGGUACCGGAGCGGGAGGUGAGGGGUCGGCUCGCGGAUCCAGCUGCAGAGCGACGCGAGGAAUUGGAAUGGUGCUUUGGAUCUUAUGGAGGCCAUUUGGAUUCUCAAGAAGACUUCUGAAACUGGAAAGCCAUAGCAUAACUGAAUCAAAAUCAUUAAUUCCACUAGCUUGGACAUCCCUGACACAGACGCUUUCAAAAGCACCUGAUAUUCUCUUAUUGGGUCAAAGAAAAUUAUUCUCAACCAUGCCAGAAAUAGAAACACAUGAGAGAGACUCUGAAUUGUUUUCACCACCCUCUGAUGUCCGAGGCAUGACAAAACUUGAUAGAACAGCUUUUAAAAAGACAGUCAGCAUUCCAGUGCUUAAAGUGAGGAAAGAAGUAGUCAGUAAAUUGAUGCGAUCCCUUAAAAGGGCAGCAUUGCAGCGCCCAGGUGUAAAACGUGUAAUUGAAGAUCCAGAAGAUAAAGAAAGUAGACUAAUCAUGUUGGAUCCCUAUAAAAUGUUUACUCAUGAUUCCUUUGAGAAAGCAGAACUCAGUGUUUUAGAGCAGUUAAAUGUCAGUCCACAGAUCUCUGAAUAUAAGUUGGAACUAACAUACGAAAACUUUAAGUCAGAAGAGAUCUUGAGAGCUGUGCUUCCUGAAGGUCAAGAUGUAACUUCAGGGUUUAGCAGAGUUGGACAUAUUGCACACCUGAACCUUCGAGAUCAUCAGCUGCCUUUCAAACAUUUAAUUGGUCAGGUUAUGAUUGACAAAAAUCCAGGAAUCACCUCAGCAGUAAAUAAAAUAAAUAAUAUUGACAAUACGUACCGAAAUUUCCAAAUGGAAGUGCUAUCUGGAGAACAGAACAUGUUAACAAAGGUUCGAGAAAACAACUACACCUAUGAGUUUGAUUUUUCAAAAGUCUAUUGGAAUCCUCGUCUCUCUACAGAACACAGCCGUAUCACAGAACUUCUCAAGCCUGGGGAUGUCCUGUUUGAUGUUUUUGCUGGGGUUGGGCCCUUUGCCAUUCCAGUAGCAAAGAAAAACUGCACUGUAUUUGCCAAUGAUCUCAAUCCUGAAUCCCAUAAGUGGCUGUUGCACAAUUGUAAAUUAAAUAAAGUGGACCAAAAGGUGAAAGUCUUCAACUUGGACGGGAAAGACUUCCUCCAAGGACCCAUCAAAGAAGAGUUAAUGCAGCUGCUGAGUCUGUCAGAAGAAAGAAAACCCUCUGUGCACAUUGUCAUGAACUUGCCAGCAAAAGCCAUAGAGUUUCUUAGUGCUUUCAAAUCACUUUUAGAUGAGCAGCCAUGCAGCAGUGAACUCCUUCCUAUAGUGCACUGUUACAGCUUUUCCAAAGAUGCUAACCCCACUGAGGAUGUUCGUCAAAGAGCUGGAGCUGUGUUAGGCAUUUCCCUGGAGGCAUGCAGUUCAGUUCACCUGGUAAGAAAUGUGGCCCCAAACAAGGAAAUGCUGUGCAUCACCUUUCAGAUUCCUGCUGCUGUACUCUACAAGAACCAGACCAGAAAUCCAGAGAAUUGCGAAGAUCCGCCUCUUAAAAGGCAGAGGACAGCUGAAGCCUUUUCAGAUGAAAAAACACAAAUUGCUUCAAACACUUAAUUGGAAAUGUUUUCUCCAUCUCCCUACCAGACUUACAUAUAGCAAAAUAUAAUUUGUAUUAUUAAAUAAAAUUUUAGUGUUCAGUUUUUACUAUUGAA